GAUGGUUUGACACCUCUAAAUCAAAGGCAAAAAAAUGCUGAAAUAGUUAAGAAACGUUAUUUGUAAGUAAAAAAGUGAAUCUCUAGUGCAAUUAUGUUUCUGCCCGAAACAGCCAUCUUCUGCAUCACCCUGCUGGUCUAUGGGGCCAUACUUCUGCUGUUAAUUUAUUAUGUUCUGACAUUGGCUGACCUGGAGUGCGACUAUUUGAACGCCCAGGAGUGUUGUCGGCGGCUUAACUUUUGGGUAAUACCAAAAUUUGGCUCCCACGCGUUGCUAUGCGGCCUCCUCUUGCUGGGCGGACACUGGAUAAUGUUUUUGCUCAAUCUGCCCAUGGUCCUUUGGCUAUAUUAUGAGCUGCAUCGUCAGCGGCGGGACAGCUUAGGCGUCUACGAUCCGGUGGAUAUACAUAGUCGUGGAUUGUUAAAGGUGCAUUUAAGGAACUGCAUGAUCUAUUUAGGCUACUACUUUGUUAUGUUCUUUGUCGGUUUAUAUUGUCUUAUUUCAUCGCUGAUCAAGGGAGAUCCCAUCAAGCGGUACGAGGAUGAUGAAAUUAUCACAGAUUUCUAAACUUUAGCUAAAUGCUAAGCCUGAACUCGAAGGGCUUCCAGAUUAACGCACAUUUUCGGUUAUCUGAGUUUACACAAACCCUUUGACUUCUUCGGCAUCCUAUAAACAAGGUUUAUAAUUUCCAAAACAAAACAAAAACCAACCUAGUCGCACUUCAUCAUCAUUUUAUUUAUUCCAUCUUUAGUAAUAUAAGCGUAUUCGAUAAGACAUCACAAAAUACAAUAGCUAUACAAAUUUAA